AAAAAGAAGGAAGAAGAAGCCGAUGACCAAAAGAUCUAAUCAUUUUCAAAUUUGGAGCGGAACAAUGGCGACCGCGAUUUCCGUCCAGAUUUUCCCGCCAAUUUCCACCGCCGGUAAUGUCACUUCCCGGCGACUAAAAGGAACCACCGGUGCCUAUAGCCUUCCUUUUCUCUCUCCCCCUAGAAGUUUAAAGACCGGGAGCUUGGCCGUUAAAACUGAGCGGAGCUCGAAGUGGACUCUCAGACUAAGCUUGGUGGAACAAAGCCCGCCGAAGUCGACCGUCGACAUGGAUAAGUUAGUGGAUUUCUUGUAUGAUGAUCUGCCGCAUCUGUUUGAUGAGCAGGGGAUUGAUCGGACGGCGUACGAUGAGAAGGUGAAGUUCAGGGACCCGAUUACCAAGCAUGAUACGAUAAGUGGUUAUCUAUUCAACAUUGAUCUGUUGAGGGCUCUCUUCAGGCCACUGUUUCAGCUGCACUGUGUCAAGCAGACAGGACUUUAUGAGAUAACUACAAGGUGGACUAUGGUAAUGAAGUUUAUUCUUCUGCCGUGGAAACCAGAGUUGGUCUUUACAGGAACAUCUGUGAUGGGUGUUAAUCCAGAGACGGGAAAGUUUUGCAGUCAUGUGGACUUUUGGGAUUCUAUAGAGAAGAAUGACUACUUUUCAUUAGAAGGUUUAUUGGAAGUACUUAAGCAGUUACGAUUUUAUAAGACUCCUGACUUGGAAACGCCAAAAUAUCAGAUACUAAAAAGGACUGCAAAUUAUGAGAUUCGGAAGUAUACCCCAUUCAUAGUGGUUGAAACAACUGGAGACAAGCUGUCUGGGUCAACUGGUUUUAAUGAUAUUGCUGGGUAUAUAUUUGGAAAGAACUCCUCAAUGGAGAAAAUACCAAUGACUGCUCCUGUCUUCACUCAGGCAUCUGAUAAUGAAUUGUCCCAAGUAUCCAUUCAAAUAGUCCUUCCUUCAGAGAGAGACCUAGAGAGCUUUCCUGGCCCUAACCAAGAAAAAAUAAACUUGAGAAAAGUGGAAGGAGGCAUUGCUGCAGCACUGAAGUUCAGUGGAAAACCUACUGAAGAUAUUGUCUGUGAGAAAGAGAAAGUAUUGCGUGCUAAUCUCAUCAGAGAUAGUCUUAGACCUCUGAAGGGUUGCUUACUUGCUCGCUAUAAUGAUCCAGGCAGAACAUGGAGCUUCACCAUGAGGAAUGAAGUGCUAAUAUGGCUGGAGGAUUUCACAUUGGAUUAACAAUGCUGUAUUACGGUAAUCCUUUUCCUCUGCUCACUGUUUCUUGUCCUCAAUUGACAUGAUAAUUUCAUUUUAUUGUACUGAUCAAGGAUAGUAUAAAUGCAUCGCAGUUCAACAAAAGAAGUGAUAUGUAUGGUCAGUGAAAGAUUUUUAGAUGCAAAGUUGUAAAGAUAUAUGCUUUAAUUGGGUGUUAAAGUGCUUCUCUAGGUGGACAUUGCUAGUUGUAAAGUCUUAAUUAUAAACUUCAAUUAUGAUCUGAAAGCUUCUGUUCUGGGGAAUAGCAAUAGUGCGUGUCUUUUUCCCUUU